AUGGCUAUAAAUCUGAUAUAUGGUCACUUGGAUACUGUAUGUUUGACGUUGCUGCAAAUCCCCCCGUUUAAAGCUUCUGCUGCCGAGCUGUUGAGACAUCAAUAUUUGCAACCAUACCUCCUCUUGUAUGACAACCCUUCAUCUGCGUUUCUUCCUGUGAAGUCCCCGAGCAGAACGAAAGAGAAAACACGACCAUCACCUGGAAAAUCUAUCAGUCCGAGAGGUAGCAGAGACAGACAGUUGAAGCUAAAAGAGAAAAGAACUGUCCUUUACUUUGUCGAAAGUGAUAACAUUCAGCCAAGAAACUUAUCUGACAAUUAUAACACGUUCCGAGCCAAACUUGACACUAAGAGAGUGGAUCCAACAAGCUACUCGGUUAGGAUCUCUCAAGAUAGUGAGGAUUCUAAAAGUGGGGAGAUAACUGAGGCAGCUGUUUGCAAUGGAUAUGAUCAACAGAAGACUAUCUCACAAACAGAAACUACGAUCACUCCAAGCUCGUCAAGUUCAAGGGCAAAAACAUGGUCCGAGGAACAAGAGCAUGUUUCUCCAGAGCAUGUUAGUCGAUUUGACGAGGGUGAUACGAAGAAUAACAAGACAAAAGAGCUUGAGGUGUUGAGCAGUCCACUGGACCAGGAGGAAUCAGAUAUAGUUGAAUGUAUCUCCGAAAAAUCUAGCAGAAUGACAUUGUCUGAUGGAAGAUUCAACGAUAAAACACGAUCCUUCGAUCAAGAAAGCACUUCAUCUAAUUCACAGUCGGCAAAACCAGAUCCAGAGGCAGCACUAAGAUGCUGUGUUGCUGAAACUGAAAAUGGUAGCGAGUGUAGAGAAGUUGCUAUUGACUGCUUGUCAACUGAAAGGGAUGGUUCACUUCUACACAAAGACAAGCUAGAAAAGAAAGCAACCACAGUUUACGACACCAAACAGGCUAAGAAAGACGCUCUUCGAGCACUGGAUGAUAAG